ACAAGGCUACAAGCAGAGAGUGACACCAGGGCUACGCUAGUGCUUAUAAAUAGAGGACACUCCUCUGCUAAAGAAACACACAGCAGCAAACAUCUUCACAAACUAGUAAAUAGUAAUAUUAUUCUUCGAAUCCAUUUUAUUAUUCAUAAUGGGUGUUUUCACAUUUGAGGAUGAAACCACCUCCCCUGUGGCUCCUGCUACCCUUUACAAAGCUCUAGUUACAGAUGCCGACAACGUCAUCCCAAAGGCUGUUGAUGCCUUCAGGAGUGUUGAAAACCUUGAGGGGAACGGUGGCCCUGGAACCAUCAAGAAGAUCACUUUCGUUGAGGAUGGAGAAAGCAAGUUUGUGUUGCACAAAAUAGAAUCAGUUGAUGAGGCAAACUUGGGAUACAGCUAUAGCGUAGUUGGUGGAGUUGGGUUGCCAGACACAGUGGAGAAGAUCACAUUCGAAUGCAAAUUGGCUGCUGGUGCCAACGGAGGGUCUGCUGGGAAGCUAACUGUCAAAUACCAAACCAAAGGAGAUGCUCAGCCCAACCCAGACGACCUCAAAAUUGGCAAAGUCAAGUCUGAUGCUCUUUUCAAGGCCGUUGAGGCUUACCUUUUGGCCAAUCCUCAUUACAACUGAUCCAAUAUUCAACUUAAUUAUCAUCAGUGUCUUGCUUAUCAUAUACAAGAGUUUCCUUGCGUGGAGUACUGUUAUUUAGUACUUUGUGCUCAAGUUUUAAGUUGGCUUUCAAUGUAAUGAGUGUUUCCUUUUAUUUUCUUUUGCCUCAGAAUUGUAAGAGCUAGUCGAUAUCUUUGUACCUCCUUCAUCAAUAAAUAAAUUAUAAUAAAGGAAAUCAUCACUUGAA